UCUUAUUGUUCAGCGAAAAACCUGUAUAAAAGGAGGUCGCGGCCAGCUGCGCAGUUAGAACAAAUCGCCUCUCCUCGCUUAGAAUUUGCUGUCUGCUUGGACCGGCUCGAGCUCUGAGAGAAAAUGCAGAUCUUUGUGAAGACCUUGACAGGCAAGACCAUCACCUUGGAGGUGGAGCCAAGUGACACCAUUGAGAAUGUCAAGGCCAAGAUUCAGGACAAAGAAGGCAUUCCCCCUGACCAGCAGAGGCUGAUCUUUGCUGGCAAGCAGCUGGAAGAUGGCCGCACCCUGUCUGACUACAACAUCCAGAAGGAGUCCACCCUCCAUCUUGUGCUGCGCCUGAGGGGAGGCAUGCAGAUCUUUGUGAAGACCUUGACAGGCAAGACCAUCACCUUGGAGGUGGAGCCAAGUGACACCAUUGAGAACGUCAAGGCCAAGAUUCAGGACAAAGAAGGCAUUCCCCCUGACCAACAGAGGCUGAUCUUUGCUGGCAAGCAGCUGGAAGACGGCCGCACCCUGUCUGACUACAACAUCCAGAAGGAGUCCACCCUCCAUCUUGUGCUGCGCCUGAGGGGAGGCAUGCAGAUAUUUGUGAAGACCUUGACAGGCAAGACCAUCACCUUGGAGGUGGAGCCAAGUGACACCAUUGAGAACGUCAAGGCCAAGAUUCAGGACAAAGAAGGCAUUCCCCCUGACCAACAGAGGCUGAUCUUUGCUGGCAAGCAGCUGGAAGACGGCCGCACCCUGUCUGACUACAACAUCCAGAAGGAGUCCACCCUCCAUCUUGUGCUGCGCCUGAGGGGAGGCAUGCAGAUAUUUGUGAAGACCUUGACAGGCAAGACCAUCACCUUGGAGGUGGAGCCAAGUGACACCAUUGAGAAUGUCAAGGCCAAGAUUCAGGACAAAGAAGGCAUUCCCCCUGACCAGCAGAGGCUGAUCUUCGCUGGCAAGCAGCUGGAAGACGGCCGCACCCUGUCUGACUACAACAUCCAGAAGGAGUCCACCCUCCAUCUUGUGCUGCGCCUGAGGGGAGGCAUGCAGAUAUUUGUGAAGACCUUGACAGGCAAGACCAUCACCUUGGAGGUGGAGCCAAGUGACACCAUUGAGAAUGUCAAGGCCAAGAUUCAGGACAAAGAAGGCAUUCCCCCUGACCAGCAGAGGCUGAUCUUCGCUGGCAAGCAGCUGGAAGACGGCCGCACCCUGUCUGACUACAACAUCCAGAAGGAGUCCACCCUCCAUCUUGUGCUGCGCCUGAGGGGAGGCAUGCAGAUAUUUGUGAAGACCUUGACAGGCAAGACCAUCACCUUGGAGGUGGAGCCAAGUGACACCAUUGAGAAUGUCAAGGCCAAGAUUCAGGACAAAGAAGGCAUUCCCCCUGACCAGCAGAGGCUGAUCUUCGCUGGCAAGCAGCUGGAAGACGGCCGCACCCUGUCUGACUACAACAUCCAGAAGGAAUCCACCUUGCACCUGGUUCUACGUUUAAGGGGUGGCAUUUAAACUUGCUACUUACCACCACCCAAGUAAACCUCACUGCACUUUGUUUCAUUAAAGCUGUUGCAUUCCCAAA